CAUUUAAUCUCAUCUUCUGCAAGAAACAGUAGUGAUGUGUUAUAAAUGACAUGCACUGUGCCCAAUCACAUAUAUUUUAAAUGGCACCAUAUGUCAUAUUUGAUAUGCAGUCACAGGUUAUAACUGACUGUCACCGGGUCAAGUAAUGUGUUCUGCCAGCUCAUGCAUCAUCAGGAAUAUACAUUUUGCCUGGCCGUAUGUCAUUAUUUACCUGUUUUGCAUCCUUUUCUUAGACUCCAAAGCUGCAAAGAGGAUUGGGCAAGUUCUUUUAUCUGUGUUUGGGUGGGAGAUUAAUUCUCAGUGCAGGACUGGGACCUUUCAUAAUGAAAUCCUUACUGGCUUCAGUGGGAGAUUUGUCUGUGCAAAUUCCUGCAGUCCAUUUGGGAAAGUAGCUGAGACUAAAUGCCAAGUUUCUGUUUUGCCUAUUUAUAGAUAUUUCUGAGAACACUGCAACAAAACCCAGCCCCGCGGUGCCACCUCUCCCCGCCCCCAAACAUGAGCAGUAUAUAGAAUAAGCUACCCAUUAGGAAAAAUAUUAUUUUCUUUAGUGUUCCAGUGUCACUGGGGACCUUUGCAAACAGAUUUCUAAAGGUCUGUAAACAUCUUCAAAGGUCUGCUUUGACCUGAGAUCUAGAGAAAUGCCAAGUGGGAUUUUAAAAUUGCCUACAAUAGCAAUAGCACUUUGGCACUUAGGUUUCUGAAAAUCCUGUUGAUGUCUUUGUGAACCUGCAAAUCUUUAAAGGUGUGGCCUGAUGGUUUUCUGACUGGUCUUUCCUCUUCCCAGGGGAAAAGCCUAUUAAAUUAGCUCAACAACAGUAUGAGAUGCUAAAGAAUCCACAAAGCCACAGGAAAACAAAUUUCUUAAGUUCUCCUGUUCACAAAAUGACUAGUUCUGUAUAACGCUACCAUAAAUCUUUCAUUUUCUGCUCAAAUGUACAAAUUUGGGAUAACCAGAUGACCUUUUUUUAGUCUUAAUGAUCCACUAUGGAAAAAAAGCUCAAUAGCUUAAUUAGAUGUUAUAUAUAAAAAAGGGCACAGUUUAAAUGGAUUGAGAUGGAAAAUGAAUGUGGCUUACCAACAGAUAGAAAUCCUGUAUAGCAGUGAAGAGCAACUGAUGGCAAAGUUUGCUGUACCUGACAGAGGGAGGCUUUUGGGGUAGUGAGCCAGCAAAACACAAGUGAGCAGUUACAUUUUUUCAUUUACAGUCAUUUGUAUUAAUGCCAAUGCAAAAAGGCUUCAAAACAUUUUAAAGCCUGACCGUAUCAGGCUUUUUACAAACACAAAAUAAGAAAAUACAAAGGAAGUUCAGCAAGGCAGCUGAACCUGAUGGUAAAAUGGCAUUUUCAGAAAAAAUGAAAUGCAAUUUUUAAGCCUUGAGCCAGCUCAAGGCAUAUUCCUUAAAUAUUACUUAAGUCUUGUUUUAAGGACAUUUUGUGGAAUUCAAGUGGUGUGUAAGAUUGUACUCAGGGAAGCAUUUUAUACUUCCUAGACAUCAUACAGACGCCGUUUCCGGAAUGGAAGGUUUAUACCACACUGCUACACUUUCUCAUCUCCAAGACCCAAAAAGGAAAGAACUACAGUCUGUAGCACAGUUUCACAUGCCAAACAAGUUGUACCCAAUGGAUCAGGUGUGAUGACAGAUACAGAAUACUCCAGAGCAGAGUUCCUACUCCUGUUAUUAGCUAGGGAUAGAAAGGAUACUGUGAAUGGCCAAGAUCAAACAAGAAAAAAAACCCAAAACCAAGAAAGGAAUCUGCAUGUUUUGCUGAUUCUGGUUUAGUUUGUUAAAGUCUGUCCUCUGUUGAGAUACAGUCGAUUGGUUAUGUUAUUUAUGGUUUAUUUUCCUUUCUUACUACUGCAAUUUGAAUCCUACUCAGACACAGAUACUUGCUGGCUUUCUGUAGUAGUGACUUUAUUGUAAAGCUAAUUUGAGUUAUGUCUUCCCAAGUUUAUGGCUCUAUGAAUAUUUUUUUUUUUCAAUAAGGUAAUCAAGGUAGAAAAAAGUAGUUUGCUUCACCUAUAAUAUAUAAAAUAUACUUUCUUCUUAAAAGAGAAGUUCGACAAAAUCAGGAAAUAGAAAAAUUAGUUUCAGAUCAACUGAACAUCCUUAAUUUAAUUUUUAAUUGUUUUCCCCUAUGAAAAACUUCUCCCUUUGUUUUUGAGAGUUCAAGUCAGUUCCAAAGUGAAAAAUGCUGUUUAGAAAUGAAAAGUUGACAAGUUGGGGUUUUUUCCUUGAAAGUUGUGAAAUAGAAGUAUCUUGACAUUUUCAACAUUCUUUCCCAUGUGUUUUGGCUAUAACUCUUUUCUAGAUUUGAAAUACCAAUUUUGCAGAGAGUUUUAUUCUUCCAAAACUUGAUUUUCUGGCAAAAUUAGUGCUCCUUAAAAAGCAGUUGCCCAGUUCCACUCAAAUUACCCCUCUUGAGUUAGUCUGCCUGGUAUGGAAAUGCCACACCAUGACAUUUCCCUUGCAUGACUGAUGUUGCAUACUUUCAGGUGUGGAAUUUCUUAGCAUGAUUCUUAGGACCACUGUAAAUUGAGCUACAGAUUUCUUUACCAUUGGAGAAUUUAUAUUGCCUAGGCACAUGGAAGGAGUUACAGAGAGGACUAAGAACUUCACUUAUAUUUUAGCCUGUCUCCUUCCCAGGCAAGUCAAACUGAGUUAAAAGUGCCACUGUGCUCAAGUUAAGAGGUUUUAUGUGUGUGUGGGCAGAACUCAAACCAAGAGCAACAUUACUUGAGCCAACAGUGCUGUACAGACAAGCUAUAGGCUGUCUUAGGUACAGUCAUACUUGAAGGGUUAUCAGCAGAGCUAUAGCAUUGAAUAUUUAUGGCAAUGUAUUCAUUCCAGUUAAAGCCUUGAUAUCCACAUAGACAGUGUGUUUUCAACUGCCUAAUCCAGAGGUAGUGUGUAAAAAAGGAAAUAAAGAAAACAGAGAAACCAUUAAUUCAGGAACAGUUGUGAGCUACAGGUGUGUGAAAUAAUACAGAUUAUAUUAACUUUAUAGCUCCCUUUCUGCCCUAAGCCCUUUCUCUCUUUCUGCCCUCAGUUCGCCUGCCUGAUUGGUUACUUGCUGAAUGAAAAGCUUCUUGAGAGUGAUUUUUCUUCUGUUUGAUCAGGGACAUGGAAGAGAUGCUGUUGAAAACCAGAUCUUAAAAAUUUUUUUAAUAGAAGGAAAACCACUGUGAUUUUUAUCGAUUUGUUGAACUCUGAUUUAUUUUUUGUCCUACACAUCUACACUGCUUUCCUGCCCUUCCAAGAUUUGAAGUAGCAUCAGGAACAUAUUCCACAGCUCUCUUAUCCCUAAGGAAAUUUCAAAGUGUGGAAUCAAGCUUCAUCUCCCAUGCUUGUUCCCUUUCCAUCUCCUCCAUGGCAAAUGGAGAUGUGUUAUCAGAGGUCCUUGCCAUGACGCAUCAUGGGAGAUGAAUUCCCUGUUUUGAGUGAGGGGGUGGGGAAAGCUGGCACCAACCGCGCCCUGGACUGUGGCUCUGGAAUAGGUCGUAUCAGCAAGCAUGUCCUGUUACCAGUUUUCAAGAGUGUGGAACUGGUGGAUAUGAUGGAGAAUUUCCUGGCUGAGGUCCCGAACUACCUGCAGGGCAAGGAGGACAGAGUAGAGAUGUAUUAUUGCAAAAGCCUCCAGGAAUUCACUCCAGCCCCACAAAGAUAUGAUGUCAUCUGGAUUCAGUGGGUUUCAGGAUAUCUGACAGAUAAAGAUCUCCUGGAGUUUCUCAUCCGGUGCCAGAAUGGCUUGAAGGAUAAUGGUGUUAUCAUUCUCAAGGACAAUGUAGCCAGGGAGGGCUGUAUCCUGGAUUGUCUGGAUAGUAGUGUGAUCCGAGACCUGAACAUCCUCCACAGCCUUAUUGAAAUGAGUGGACUCACCAUCCUGCGAGAGGAGAGGCAGGAGGGAUUUCCUGAGCAGUGUGUCCCUGUCUGGAUGCUGGCCAUGCAGAAAAGCCCUGGCCAUUCUUGAUUGUAUAGUGAGACUGCAGAGACUGGACUAUGGAUGAACCGCAGGACUGGGAAGGAGAAAAGCAUCUACUAGAAUCCUCCUAACCACACACUCUAGGGCAGCAACUCCUAGAGGAUCAGGAGAGAAUUACAAUUACAAUUAUUACAACUCCAGCAAAUAGUCUGCUUCUAAAUCUCUUAAAUCCUGCAUCCUUCAUCAUUCUCUCCAUUUUUAAAAGCCUUUCUAAGAGCUUCUUGUCAGAUCUCUCUUUCAUCAAGAAGUCAAUACUGGACAAAACUAACAGAAAAUAAUUAGGACUGAAGUCUUUGUAGUGGCUAACGCCUUUCGGAGUGUUCUAUAUGAGGUGUAAUGAAUAAGCAUAAUUUUUACUAUGGCAUUUUAAUCUUCUUGGAAUUUAAGAAGGAUCUAUCAGAUCACUGAAGCAGGAAAUUCAAAUACUUCUGGAAAACCUAACCCAAAUUUUGACUGUCAUUACUAUCUCUAAAUUAUUUGAACAAAAAAUAUAAGGAAAGUUUUAUCCAUUUGUUGGCAUCAGUUUCAUUUGGGGGGAGUUUGGUUUUGUUGGUUUUUUGCAUUUCUGUCAGUUUGGACAAUAAGAUGUCCUGGUUAAUUUUCCAUUAACCUGGUUAAUUUUCCAUUUUAGUUCCAUUUAGGAACUACUUUGUUUUCCUGAUGUUUCUGCCAUAGAACAAUAGUGGUGCAUAACGGUUUUCACACUCCGGGGUAAAACUUAGAUGACAAAUAUAUGCAUGUUUGCAUUGAAAUUUUGUGAAAAGAUUGCCCCACAAAUUACAUUCUGGAAAAUAUAUUUUCAAAAUGUUCACAGUGGAAACCACUUGAAAGCUUCUCUGUAUUAUACAUACCACUGUAAAUUUUUUGCUUUCCCACAUUCAGAACAAGCCUGGUACCAUAUGCAGCUAAUGGGAUUUCAUGAGGCGUUACUAGUAAGACUGUAAGAACUAAUACAGUAUUGUAUUAAUUAACAACUGUACUAAACUGCAGAGGGUGUUAGUGUAACCCAAAAACAUCUAUGAUUUACAUUCAAACAGCAGCUCUAGAAGCCUGGGUUUGAAAAUACUAACACAAAUACUAUCUCUUUAUGGCUCACAGAAAUUACACGUUAAGUUUUUCAUCCUCCUUAUAGAGGCACAGAAAGUGCUGUGGGAGGGCAGAAGUUCAUUUUGCAAAUAAAAUCAGAAUUUGCAAAUUCUGCUUCAUUCUGAGUGAGGACAAGAAGGGAGAAUUUUGAAGGAAAACCACGCAACCACAGACUUUUCCAUUCAGACAAAAUCAAAUGUUUAUCUUGAAUUGGACUUUUAAAAUAAUUUGCACUUAACAUAUCAUUAAAUGCAGUAAAAAGCAAAUUAAAUAUGGCUUGUUCAAAAUUCUGGAAAUUGAAUAAUAACAUUAGAAUGCACUCUUCUGACUCUGUCAGAAUUUUUAUCAUGUUUUAUUCCCUUGAAAUGCAAUUCUGGCAAAACUAACCAGCCUUUUUAAAGAGUUGCAUUAUCACAAACCUCCAUGGUCUGAUGGAAAGGGGUUCUAUAAAACAUCCUCCACAUGACUAUAGGCACAAUUGUCUGUGUUAAAUAUUGUCAUCUGUGUUAGAUUAAUUCACAUAGAAGCCUGAAGAUAACAAGAUCAGGGAACCUCUCAGCUGGAUUUUAGAACACUCUGCCAUCCUUUGAUAACAAAUCUCCAGUUUUGGUUUUAAUUGCAUAACUCAUCUUCUCUAGCAGUAUGGUUGCAUAUGUUGAGAAUUUCCAAUUUAUGGCAGAGGGCUUCCUGCCAUCAAAUCUUAUCCAGUAAUUGGUCUCUUAAUGUGGCAUCACUAAUUGUAGCAUUAAGGAAGACAACCCUGCUGAUUUGGUGAAUAUUCUGGCAUGUCAUAUAACCUAGAAACCUAUGGUUCCCAUGACACAGAUGCUUCUGAAUGUUUUGUCUAAUUUUUCCAUUCUAAUCAACUGGUAAUGGAUGUAAAUUUAGUAUAUAACAUUGAUAAAAACCUGAGGUGAACACUUACAUUCCGUAAUUGUCCCCAGAACUAAGUACUUCAAAUUCCCUUUAAGCUACUACAAUACUUUCAUUCUUGCCAAGGCUGCUAAAAGCUGGUGUGGUCUUUGCAUGCAUAUGAGUAUGUGCAUAUAUCUGAAGGAAAUCCAGCCAUUUGUUUCACAGGAAAGAGGAAUCAGUCUUAUAGUUAGUAACACUGGUUAACAAUAACAGGAGAAUAUUUAAAAGGCCUUUACAUGGAUUACAAAUUAAUUUGUCCUUCAUAAUUUUUUCUUGCAGCCAGAGCCGUUUGUCAUGGUACAGAAUACUUGGGGAUUGCUGGAGAUCAUAGUACAAUCGUGCCUGUGCCAGGCAUGACUGAAUGGUGUUGAUCACUACAACGGUGAGAGAAUGGCAUUGUGGAAGUAGGGAAGUAAACAAUUUUAUACAGAUCUAAACAGCUGCCAUCUCUCACAGGGCAGAAUAUAUCAGCUGUUCACUUACAUAUCAGUGUGGGUGCCAUUCAGUAGUGAGAGAUAUGGUUCCAAGAUGGAUAUAGAAUGUAAAGGGGUUUAGGAUGAAAGGUAGAAUAUAAAUGACUGGUACUGUUAUCAGUGAAAUACAAUUUUCAAGGCAAAAAUGGUCUUCCUCUGUUUUGUACAUCUUUCCUAUAUGAAUUUCCAGAAUACAUAUAUGUAAACAUGUAAUGAAAAUUGGUUCCCUUAGCUAUAUGAGAACAGAGACAAAUAAAAUCUCAACUUACUAGAAAAAUGCAUAUUUCAUGGUUCCCACAUUCCUGGAAAUUAAUGUUUCAUGGCUACGUUGCUUCCACAGUAAAAUAUUAAAGCUUUUCUGGUGACAUAAUGAACCUCAAGAGUAAAGACACACAAGCCCUCCAGGGCUUACAUGCA